CGUAUCACAGACCAGCCAAACAGCCAGCAAACUUUACAAGUUGCAAAACUUAUUUAUCUACCAAAAUGAGUAUCGGUUUUUUAGGUGCGGGAAAGAUGGCUCAAGCAAUGGCUCGGGGUCUUUUGGCAUCUGGUACUUUUACAAGAGAGCAAAUAAUUGCCAGCUCAAUUGACGAUAUCACAUCCAAGGAAAUGCGGGGUUUGGGUAUUCAUGUUACUGACAACAAUUGUGAGGCAGCUGGUAAUAAAGACAUAGUGAUUGUGGCUGUCAAGCCAAAUGUAGUAAAAGAUGUCCUGAGUGAAAUUGCCCCUGUUAUCACGCCAAAAAACCUGGUGGUGUCCAUAGCUGCAGGAGUCAGUUUAAAAUCCAUGGAAAAGUGUCUUCCCCAUAAAAGCCGUGUAGUUCGAGUAAUGCCUAACAUUCCAACACUUGUACGGGCCGGUGCAUCAGCCUAUGCUUUGGGGCAUAAUGCUAUUGGAGAUGACUCUGAAACAGUCAAAAGACUAAUGUCUGCAGUGGGAUAUGUUCAACAAGUGAGAGAGAAGGAUGUUGCAGCUGUCACAGGGCUGAGUGGGUCAGGGCCAGCUUAUUGUUUUAUGGCAAUUGAGGCAUUAGCAGAUGGUGGAGUGAAAGCUGGUUUGCCCCGACAAGUUGCAAUAAACCUUGCUGCACAUACUUUAAUGGGCGCUGCCAAGCUUGUCUUGGAGACUGGGAAGCACCCUGGGGAGCUCAAAGAUUCCGUUUGUUCCCCUGAGGGUUCUACGGCAUAUGCAAUCCACUCUUUAGAGAGAGCAGGCCUUCGAGCAACACUUAUGGAUGCUGUAGAUGCUGCUCUUAGAAGGACUAUUGAACUUGGGAAAAUAGAUAAAUUAUAAAUCAUCAUAGGGCAUUCAUACAUAGGUAGCAAUAGCAUUCUUUUGAAGAACAAAACAAAAAUUAUCUAUUUUUAUCAUGAGUGAAUAUUGUUCUUAAAUAUAUUAGCAGAUUUCAGAAGAUUUAGACUAUGUGAUGUAAAAAGAAGUUAAAAAAUAGUAUUUAUCAAGAGGAAGUCAAAUUAUUUUAUAUUAUUUAUGGAACAUACAGGUUCAUUAUAGCAUUAACAGCUAAAUAAAGCAUUACUCUGUACAUGACAUGUGAAAGCAUGUUAUAUAUUUACUACCAAGUUGAAUUUAAUACAAUAAAUUAAUGGCAAUCUCUAAGGUACUCUAAACAAUGAAAACUAAUAAAAUGUCAUCUGAUUACA